CUACACACACCUCUUUCGCCCUCAUUCCAGCUCAAACAAUGAUGGUCUCGCCUUCCUUGCCUGCGAGCCUUCCGGUGAUUCUGCUUUUGCUGCCCCUGGUCUGCAGCGAACCCAUCCACAUCCCGCUUGUCAAUCGAAGGACUGAUCGAGUCCGCACUCUUACCGACCACUUUGCUGCCGGGUCGUCUGCGCGGUCGAGAUAUGGCUAUGCUUCUGGUCUGCCAUCCACGUCUUCAAGGAUUCGACGGGGUAGCACGAUCGACUUCUCAAUGGAAGACCAGGUAAGCGGUGCGGCUGAUGCGUCGGGUCGUUCACUCACAGCGGCCAGGGAGCCGACGCGAGUUACAUUGGCAGUGUUUCCAUUGGCACGCCACCACAGACCUUCUCGGUUAUUCUGGACACCGGAAGUUCCGACCUUUGGGUCGUGGACUCACAGUGUCUAAGCUGUGGCGGGGGCAGCUCCUUCACGUCUUCAUCUUCGUCGUCGUUUCUGCAAUCAAGCAGCCAAUCAGUGGAAAUCGUCUAUGGCUCUGGGCAGGUGGCCGGAACUGUAGCUACAGAUACUGUUAGCAUGGGCAGCCUCAGUGUUUCCUCGCAGGGGUUCUUAUUGGCAGAGCAGCUUACGCAGAAUCUCAUCCAGGGUCAAGUUUCCGGCCUGAUUGGUCUGGCCUUCCAGAGCCUAGCGCAGACGCAGGCUGUCCCUUUCUGGCAAGCCCUGAUCAACGCUAAUCAACUGUCGUCACCCGAAAUGUCAUUCCACUUGCUUCGCUCCUUAAGCUCGGGGGAUGCGCCAGGGGGGACAUUCACGCUCGGGGGCACCAACGCAUCGUUGUACACAGGGGACAUCGACUUCCAGAAUCUCGUCCAGUCUCCCGCAGGUGCGGCACAGACAUACUGGCUCUUGGACAUGUCAGCCGUCACGGUUCAAGGGAACGCGGUCACUCUACCACAGGGAGAUUCGGUCACAGCUGCUAUUGACACUGGAACGAGCCUGAUCGGUGCUCCUAGCAGCACCGUUUCAGCGAUCUGGGCUGCCGUUGAUGGGGCAAGUCCUCUCUCCGCCUCGAUAGGCCAAGGAUACUACCAGUUCCCCUGCUCUACCAACGUGAGCGUGACCCUCUCGUUCGGAGGCAAAGCCUGGCCUAUUAGCCCUGAGGAUAUGAACCUGGGGCCCAUUCAGCAAGGCAGCUCUUUUUGCGUCGGAGCCAUAUUCGACUUGACGCUUGGCUCACAAGCCAGUUCAGGCAGUCCCGGCUGGGUGGUCGGGGACACUUUCCUGAAAAAUGUGUACACCGUAUUCCGACAAAACCCAGCGUCUGUUGGGUUUGCCCAGCUCUCUUCAGACCCCACUGUGUCUUCUUCAACGAGUGGAACUGCUGUGAUCCCAGGGAACCCUGGCCUACCGACCGGGUCAGCGUCGGGAUCAGCGUCGGGAUCGACCUCGACGACUGUUACUUCUGCGGCGAUUGCCCUCGCUGUGCCCAGCAAGGCAUCCAUCCUGCUACUGUUUUUAGCCAUUUCAGCAAUUUGCGGACUGUCAUUAUAAUGUGAAUCUAUGUAGAUGCAGAGAAUUAUCAACGAUAUCGAAGAGAGACAAUAGAUAAUACUGUUCAUACAUGAGAACAAGACGCGAUGUCGAGUUGAAAUUUCAAGUGUGAUGGAUUGAACCCUUGAACGACAACCGACGCUUACCUUUCUUUAGGCUUUUUGGGCAUCAAACCACGCUGGGAUAACACCUGAAUACUCAACUCCAA